CCCCUUACCAGGAUGUGAGCCCCUUUCACCUGUAAUGCUGUGGCUGGCCCUUGGCCCCUUCCAUGCCAUGGAGAACCAGGUGCUGGUGAUUCGCAUCAAGAUUCCAAAUAGUGGAGCGGUGGACUGGACAGUGCACUCGGGGCCGCAGCUACUCUUCAGGGAUGUGUUGGAUGUGAUAGGCCAGGUUCUGCCUGAAGCAACAACCACAGCAUUUGAAUAUGAAGAUGAAGAUGGUGAUCGAAUUACAGUGAGAAGUGAUGAAGAAAUGAAGGCAAUGUUGUCAUAUUAUUAUUCCACAAUAAUGGAACAGCAAGUAAAUGGACAGUUAAUAGAGCCUCUGCAGAUAUUUCCAAGAGCCUGCAAGCCUCCUGGGGAACGGAACAUACAUGGCCUGAAGGUGAAUACUCGGGCUGGACCCUCUCAACACAGCAGCCCAGCAGUCUCAGAUUCACUCCCAAGCAAUAGCUUAAAGAAAUCUUCUGCUGAACUGAAAAAAAUAUUAGCCAAUGGCCAGAUGAAUGAACAAGACAUACGGUAUCGAGACACUCUUGGUCAUGGCAAUGGAGGCACAGUCUACAAAGCAUAUCAUGUUCCAAGUGGGAAAAUAUUAGCUGUAAAGGUCAUACUACUAGAUAUUACACUGGAGCUUCAGAAGCAAAUUAUGUCUGAAUUGGAAAUUCUCUAUAAGUGUGAUUCAUCAUAUAUCAUAGGGUUUUAUGGUGCAUUUUUUGUGGAAAACAGGAUUUCAAUAUGUACAGAAUUCAUGGAUGGAGGAUCUUUGGAUGUAUAUAGAAAGAUUCCAGAGCAUGUCCUUGGAAGAAUUGCAGUGGCGGUUGUUAAAGGCCUUACUUAUUUGUGGAGUUUAAAGAUUUUACAUAGAGAUGUGAAGCCCUCCAAUAUGCUAGUAAACACAAGGGGACAGGUCAAGCUGUGUGACUUUGGAGUUAGCACUCAGCUAGUGAAUUCUAUAGCCAAGACGUAUGUUGGAACAAAUGCUUAUAUGGCGAGAAAGUUUGCCAACCUCUUCCCUAUGCCAGUGAAAGCUGUUUCUGAAACUGAGUACCUUCAAUUAAUCAACCCAUAUUUCCUGAGUGCCUUCUAUGCAGUUAGCCAGCCUGAAAGAAUUUCAGGGGAGCAGUAUGGAAUCCAUUCUGAUGUCUGGAGCUUAGGAAUCUCUUUCAUGGAGCUUGCUCUUGGGAGGUUUCCAUAUCCUCAGCGAGCCUUGCUGCCCUGGAAACAGACUGAAGGAACUUUGGAAAAGGUGGAGUCUUCACCCACUCCUGAGUCAGAGAUUCAGAAAAACCAGGGAUCUUUAAUGCCUCUCCAGCUUCUGCAGUGCAUUGUUGAUGAGGAUUCGCCCGUCCUUCCCGUUGGAGAGUUCUCCGAACCAUUUGUACAUUUCAUCACUCAGUGCAUGCGAAAACAGCCAAAAGAAAGGCCAGCACCUGAGGAACUGAUGCCUCUCAGAAUUCAGAGGAUCAGUAACAAAGAAGAUAGCAUAUUAAGGUUUUGGUGCAAUCCUAUAGGAAAUUCUGAAUGUGGUGUGGAGUCCUCUUGAAUUCAUGGAGAAUGAAAUUAGAUUGGCUGCAAAAGAUCAAGUUAAUGUGAAUCUUUGGUCUUCUCCUCAGAAAGAGACAACUACAAGGCUGCAAGUGCUGUGUUCUCAGCUCCAGGGCCGCUUUCUUUGAUUGCAAAUGACAGUUUUAGUCAAGCAGGGAGAGGAACAGAGACGCUCCCUAACAAUUCCCAAAUGGUCAUUUAUUUAGUGCAGAUUGUUGAUUUGACAAUAUACAAGCUGUUAGAAUAACAUUGGCAUCGAGCAUUAGUAAAUACUAAUUAUAGCCUACUCUUUCUAAUGUUUUGUGUACCGUUCCCUGUCUUAAGAUUAUUACAAUCAGAAGAGAUUCUGACCCAUUUUCUCUCACCACUUUAAAUAAUAAGCAUUUUACAGAUAUCAGUUCAAAGGUUUUUAGCCUUUGUAUUUUAUCCCGAUAAAUACUCUUAAGCGCCCAAACUUCUACAUCAUACAGAUUUCAUCCCCAAAUAGAAAAUAGCAGUAUGUUUCCCUUUUGCAUCAUAAAUGCUAAGAAGGUAGUUUUCUCUCUCAUGUUACUGCUGGAGCAAAAUCUCAGUUUUCAGGGUAGUUUCAAGUUAAAGUUUACCCCUAAAACCUCUGCAAUUUAUAACUGUGCAGGCUUUCAUGUCUAGAAUAAACCAGUCCUUUUUUUUUUUUUUUUUUUUUUUUUUGAUUGGGGGUUGUCUCAGAUGGUUGAGAAAUUCACGCAGUUAGUCACAUUUGAGGAAACUUGGAACAGGUUCUAGAGAUGGAGACCCAUUUACCUUGUACAUUAUCAUGCCAUGGCUGGAUAGCUUGGCUAUUAAAACAAAGGAAUAGGGUUUCAUAAAACAGAUAUCUAUUUGUAAAUGCAUGUUUCAGUGCUGCAGUGAGUUGGCCACUUAUAAAUAAAACAUCUACAGAUCAUACAUACACUCAUAAAUGCAUACGGAUGUAUGUGUUGGUAAGGAAUACCACUCCAGGGUGGCAAGUCAUAAAGACGAGGCUAAAGGGUACGUACUUUCAGUGCCUUGGAAGCAAGCGUGCAUGGCUGUCUGUGUGUGUGGAGAGAGACAAGGGGUACGUUUUUCGAUAUAUCUUUUUACAACCAUACACCCUGAUGUGUGCCAUCCCACAUUUUUAAUUAAUCAAUAUCAAUAAAUCUGUAAAAUACAAUGAAAAAUUUAGUCACAGGAAGCACCAUCCUAUACUUAAUUUAACAUUAUUUCUAGUAUUGCUCACAGUUUGAUUUAAAUGAGUUUAUUCCCCUAGGUAUGGCAAUAGUGAGGCACCCCCUGGCUUAGUACAAGCUCAGUGAGGGGGCAGGAAACAAUGGAGUGUGUGUGUGUGUGUGUGUGUGUGUGUGUGUGUGUCUCCUGUGGUCAAGGGGGUUGAGCCCUGCCUACCUUUGGGCCCAAGAGGGAAUAGGAGAGAAACUGGGCUGUCCUUGGCUUAAGGACUCCAAGUCACAACUUUGGGGCCCAAUCUUAAGGAACCAGUCUCUUUAUUCCUUCUAGCAUAUUAAUAGCUUUAAUUUUUCCUUUUCCCUCUCUGUCUACAACCUAUUUGAUCGUGCUCCCAUCUGGAAGCUGAGAGCGUCCUCUGGAAAGCGUGAACUGUAGAGCCCAUUUGUCACCGUGGGUGGGGGCCUGCCUUUCACAGAAAAAGCAGUUUAUCUCCCUAGUGCAGUGACUCCAGCCAGCAGGGUACCAACAUGGGUCUGCACAGCCUGGGCCACAUCAGCUGGGAGGCCUGCAGGAUUGUCAAGGUUUCCCUAUGGGCUGCAUUUUCCAAAUCAUAGGAGGAGCAUCAGAGAUGAGGUCAGGUGGAAAUUCUGAAAGUUCCAAAUUCACCAUUAAGGAAAUCUUACAUGAACUCGGGUGUGGCCCUGAGCACCAAUCUCAACAGGUCCCAGCCUGAGUAAAUCAGUGCAGGGAGAGGUGUGCCAAAGCACCCUCACCUCUGGGCCAGGGCCAUGCACUUAGCAGGCACUCUACAGGCUUUUGCCUUUUUACUUGGUAGGGUUACCUUAUAUACCAAAAUACCCAGAUCUUAAAAAUCAUCAUCUUUGCAGUUUUGACCAUGUCAUUCUUAAAGAUGAAAUGUAAAACUCAAGUGUAGACUCUUGAAAUCAUUAGAUUCCCAGUGUUAGAGCUCAUUUGUUUAGCUAUUUAAUUCUCUCUACCUUGUGUGGUUAUAUCUAAUAUGGCUACAGUUUCUGUGUUCUAAGCGGAAAUGUUUAAAAGUUGGAACAAGAAUUUCCCUUAACACUCACAUGUGGGGUCAGUCAGGGUCCACAUGAGCUGGUGUAGUUUUCUGAGAUACAGCCCUUAAGCUACAUAAAAAAUUAACUCAGAAGUUUCAUCAUCGGCAUUCACUUUUUCUUGGGAGAUCAGACCAGGUAGACAACUGAAUUAAGUAGCUAUAGAAUUAUGGGUGAAGUCCUGUGCUAGACUCAGAGGAUACAGAGAAGCCUCAUGCAUACAGUGUUUCAGGGGAUAGGGCACGUACACAAGUAACUAGAAUAAACUGCUGUAAAAGACCUGCAGAGUUCUAUGGGGAUCCAUUUGGGGAAAUGGGGAAAAGCUACCUGGAGAAGGUGGCGUUUGAAAAGGAUCCAGCAGAGUUCCCAUUGUGGCACAUUGGAAGCAAAUCCAGCUAGUAACCAUGAGGUUGUGGGUUUGAUCCCUGGCCUCACUCAGUGGGUUAAGGAUCCUGCGUUGCUGUGGCUGUGGCCUAGGCCAGUGGCUACAGCUCUGAUUGACCCCUAGCAUGGGAACAUCCAGGUACCGCAGGUGUGACCCUAAAAAGCAAAAAAGAAAGAAAGAAAAGGAUCCAGCUCUUGGAGGAUGGAUUGAACUUUAAUAGAGUUUUUUGCAAGAGUCGUUCCAGGCAAAGGAAAGGGUGGGCAAGGCAUGAGAGUGUAGAAUCCGCAGACCUCUUUAGAGCAGUGUGACACCUCUAGUGCUUGCUGGAACAGAAACACCACUGAUACUAACCUUGUCGAGUCACAAACCUACACAGUUGACGUUCAAAUAGGCAAUAUAUUCACCACCAGCAGGGCAAUCCAUUAAGAAAUUCCAUUGCUAACAAUGGAACCCUAAUAUCCAGGUGUGAAAACACUGACUUGACAUAGAAGCAGCACACCCAUCCCUAAGUAUCUUUUUUCAUGAGAAAAUUCUCUUAAGUGGACUCCUAUUCAAGUAUAGGGAAGUCCUUCAUCCUUGGCAGAGAUCUGAUCUUUCUUCAGAGUUAUUGCAUGAAUCAUGGGUCAGCUUUAAACCUAACAAAGGAAAGCCAGCCAUGCAGGCAGCUAGGAGCAUUCAGCAGGCUGACACAGCAAGAGAGAUACAUACUCUUUCUGCUCCUGUGAUAAUGAUUCCAUGAUUUAAAAACCCACCUUUAUGUCAGCUUGAUGUAAAGCACAGGAAAGACCUAAGUCAGUGAUGCCCCAGCUCUGUGACUAAAGACCAAGAAACUUAGAAGAAAGUUUCCAGGCUGAAGAAACUGAGGAGGUUGCAGACAGCAUUCAAAGGCUUCUAACAACCAGGCAAGGAUGUCACAGCUUAUGUGGCUAAAAAGACAGCCUCUGUCAGUCAGGAGGGAUUGAUGGGAUUGCAACAAGAGGGAAGAGGAGGAGGGUGUGAAUUUUCCCAAACAUCAAUAAUCAGAUUGACGGAAGCAGAAAUCUAAGAAUCAGACCCCUAUGCUCAGGGUCAGAGACUACCUGCGAUGAAGGUACAAAGAUGGAGAGGUUCGUGGCUGUGUGGCUGUUCAUAUUAUAUGUUUCUAUAUUUUUAAAUAAAAGAGUAUAGUGAGAAAACUUACUCUAUAGACCAUUUGUGUAAACCACAAAGAGGUCCCUCUGCUGCAUUCGUCUCCUCUCAGGUUGUGUUGUAGUGAAGGCCAGGCUGGUUUAGCAAAGAAGCUUCCCUUCCCUUGUCAGCAGCUCUCCAGUCCCUCCCCACGUCUGUGUCUUCAUCUGCAAAAUGGAGGGGAUGGACCUGGCCAGCAGUCCUCAGCCUGGAGUCUGUGACUUCAGGAAGUCUGUUAGAGCCCCUGAAAUUAAAUCCAAAAUGUGUAGACAUGUGGGGAAUUUGCAGGUUUUUUAAGAGGAGUUCAUUGCUGUCACCAGUUUUUCAAAGGGGACCAUGACACUAAAUGGCCAUUCAGCCCCCUCACUACCUUCCCACUCGGAUAGCUGGAGCAUUGCUGCCUGCACCAGACUAGCUGCUCCAGAGGGAGGCAUUCACCAUCCGAGGGUGGGAGGAGCAGGGAAGGGAUGGGAGGGACGGGCCCUCCCUGUGGGCCUCUGCGAGGCUUCCCACCAGCUAGCUCUCAGGCGCCCCCUUAACCCCUCAGCCUAUCGUGAAUGUGGGCCUUGACAAGGAAGGUGUGGGCCGUGGGCACCUACACAGUUACAAUUGGGGUUAAGAGUGCUGUAGAUCCUUCUAUGCAUUUAGAGUGUUUCCAGAAGCUUUCCAUGUCUAAGCUCUAUUUAAUGGAAUCUAUGCAUAGUAAGUAAUCAGGUCAGAAGAAGCAGCAUCCCGGUUUGAGAUCAAUCGCUGGCUAAUACUUUAUCGAGGCCACUUUAUUAUCUCAUGCUGAUCCGAUUGCCAUUCUCCUCCUCCUUUGUACCAUGCACUUCGGCUGUGGUACAAGUACGUAUCACAUACAUAUUAAAAACAUAUACCCAUUCUAUCUGUAUGUAAAUGUGUGAGGCACAGCUGGAUAUUGCAGAGGAGUUUGAUUUACUAAUAGUUAUUAUCUGUUCUAGCUGUUCAGUGGCAGAGAGAAUUUCAGAGAAACAAGCUGGCGCAGAAAUUGUCUUUAUGCUAUCACUAUACUGCUUUAGUAAUUGUUUAAAAACAUGGGUUUUUUCCUUAGGUUCUAAUAAUGCCUGUUAUUUUGUGCAUUUCUUGUACAUUCCAGAGCAGGGCGUCCUCGUUUAGCGUUUCCUCAGGUUUGGUUUUCAAUUCAGGCGGCUAAGAAGAAACACACAGUGCAGUUUGCAAUUGAAAUUUGACAUUUUGCUUAGAAAGCAAUAGUGGGACUGGAAAUUCAAGAGAAGCAGGUGUGGGUCUGGGGGGAGGAGUGUCAGUUAUAAUCAAAAUAGUGCUUUUAGAAUUUUUUUUACCUUCAUCUGAAUCCCAGCAGCUGCAAACUUGAAGGCAUCUCAUGUCUCAGAGAAGCGCUUUAUAUAUUGGAGGUGGUAUCGUUUGGGGGCUAAUAAACACCAAACUGCUCCAGAAAAAAAAAUCUGUUUAAACAUUUAAUUACUUGCAAAGAGAUGUUAACUUGUUUAACUCCUCUAAAUUAAAUUGUCACUGGUAGCGUUUCUGCUUAUCCAAACCUGAUUGUAAUUACAUUUUCAGAUAGGUUGCUUGGUUGUUCUCUAAGUUAAUCAAGGUAUGUGAUAAAUUGGGCAUCUGCAUGGUCCCAUUUAAAAAUCCGAAAAACAAUGUUAGAAUUUUUGUCUCUCCAGCACUCAAAUUCCAGUGUGACUUUUGGGUAGACCAAAUGGCUUUAUUUUCAGCACUAUUUGACCCAAACCUUUUGACCACUGUGAAAGACAAAAUGCACUGGAUGGUUAAGGAAAUGAUUUUAUUCAGGCUCUCACAAUAGGGAGAGUAAUUAUUAAGGAGGAAUGUCUUAAAGCAAAAGGAGGGAACCAUGGUUACGGAGGCAGGUAAACAAUGGAGGCAUUGCCAGUCUUAGGGGUGUCAUGAGGAAGGACGGAAAGGGGUCAUAUCUUUGUGAGAGCAGGAUGGUCCUUUGUAGCUGACAAGAGAGUGGGGAGAUGUCUCACCUGUUUUGCUUUCUGGGAGCACAGGGCUCAGAUAUUAAGUUCAACAUUAUCACCAUAUUCUACCAAGUGGACCAAAGAUGAGUUCCAGUUUAUUUUGAUCCAGGGUUUACAGGUGUCCAAAGCACAAAUAUGGGAAAGGCACAUUUUCCCAGCCCCCUUGCACAGUGCUCAUGGACCACUGUGCUUGCAGUCUAAGUGUUUUAAGAUACUAAUGAUGCUCUAAUAAGCAAUUCUGUAUAUUUGCUUGUAGUUUAUUACAUUUAGUUAUUUUGCUGCAUCAUAUAGAGCAAGUUUUAAAAUAGACCGUUGGUAACAACAUUGUGAGUCAACUAUACGCCAAUAAAAUUUUUAAAAUAAAAUAAAAAUAGGCCAUUAGGGCCAGACUUAUGUGUAUAUCUGGCCCCCAGUUCUUGCACACAUCCUUUUUGCUUUUGGUUAUUCAUUUGGAGGCACACAUCAGCUCCUUGGCUAAGGCACCCUGAAAUUGCGGAGGAAAGCCCUGGCGACAAUUGUAACUUCAACUAAAUAUUUCCCUCAAGCACAAAAGAUACCACAGAAGUCUAGAGGCUCCACAUAGGGUCCAAUCAACAACCACCUAAUGAUUUUUUUAUUAUUUCCAAAUUCUAAAGACCAUUAAAAUGAUGUUUGGUGUGCUUAUAAAUAGGAAUCUACUAGUAAGAAGUUGAUUUUAGCUUUUAAUUGCACAUAAUUACAACAGCAGAAUCACUGUCUGGAUGCUUGAGAUCACACUAAAUCAGACAGCUUUAAUUUGAAUUUUUGAUGACACGUUAGCACUUCAGCAAGAACAGAGAGAUUAUAACCCCAGAAAACAAGCUUUGUUUUUCCAUAGACAUAACCGCUUAAUCUUUUCACGAGACUUCAGCAGACAAACGUAUGUGUGUAUAUGUGUGGGUGUCUAUUUAUGUACGUGCACAUAGCAAGAGAGAUACAGAUAGAUAAAAUCUGUCAUUCCUUGAUCAUGGUAAUCUGACAGUUUUAAUUUCCCAGUUAAGGAUAACUUUUUUCCUCCAUCAGUCAAGUCACAUCUCUUAAUAUGGUGAUGAUUUGCCUGUUUAAGAUUGCAAUUUUUUGAACUCCUGCCUACAAGGCCUCUUUUCUUGUUUUGCUGGACUGUCAUCUUCCCCGUGUCAUGUUUCAAGGCACAGUGAGGCUGCAUAGCCUUGACCCCAGGAAUAGUUUGGUUACCUUGGAUGCAGAAAAGUGGAUAAGUGGGGCCACUUUUCAGUGUUCUGCCAUAUUCACAGGGACUAAGCUGGGUCUUUAGAGUAUGUUGUACAUUCACUCCUCAUUUGAUGCUUCUUAACUCACAAGGAGCUUCUGUUCCUUGGGUGGUAGCCUCACCCUAGAAUGCCGUCCUCUUCGCUGUCCUUGGAGGCGUCCCUCCUUUUCCCUGCAGCUUUUCCCACUCCUCCCCUUUACAGUGCUUGCUCCCUUCUCAGAAACCUGCCACAAUUUAUUGGCUCUAACUUGAAACACUGCUUAAUUAACAUAAAUGAUGUAUUCAUUGUAGAUUCAUAAGUUCAUCCAUGUGGUAUCCUGGAUGAUUAGUGGUUCCUAAUCCUGGCAGCUCUUCAGAAUCAUCUGAGUAGUAUUUAAAAAGAAAAAUGUCUGGAUCCCAACCCAGAACAGAGACCCUCUAGCAUAUGGGCCAGGGAGAAGGUUCCCAUUUGUUUUGUUAUAAAGCUCUCCAAGUGGAGUUCCUGUCGUGACACAAGGGAAAUGAAUCCGACUGAGAGCCAUGAGGUUUCUGGUUCGAUCCCUGGCCCCACUCAGUAGGUUAAGGAUCUGGUGUGGCCGUGAGCUGUGGUGCAGGUUGCAGACACAGCUCAGAUCCUGCGUUGCUGUGGCUGUGGUGUAGACCAGCAGCUGCAGCUCCGAUUCAACCCCUAGCCUGGGAGUCUCCUUAUGCCGUGAAUGCAGCCCUAAAAAGCAAAAAUAAAUAAGUAAAGCUCUCCAAGUGAUUAUAAGGAGCAGCCACAGGUGAAACCCACUGGUUUGAUAGCUUUUUCCUCCAACUAGAUUGUAAAUUCCUUGAAGGAGGAGCGUGAUCUUUAAUUCAGUACCUAGCAUGGUCCUAUGCUAUUGUCGUUCGGGUGACUUCUCUGUUCUAAUUAAGAAAAGAGAAAUUACUGUUGAUUAUUCUUUGCAUGUGCCAUUCGCUCUAAUUCAUUUCAGUGAAACAAUUCACUUGACAUGAAAACAAACAAGACCUUUGUUCUUCAGCAACUCAGAGUAAAGUUUCAGAGACUGACCCAAGAGCAAGCUAUCCCUGGGCUCUGUGAUAAUAAGUUAGGAUGACUUCUAGAAAUACAUGGUCUGAUCAGAGCUUUUUGUUUGACUUUCUGCUCUGAGAGGUCAUGUGAGUAAAAUAACUUGGCGCCAAAAUAAUUGAACUUCUAGGAUGUUGCAGUGUUUGCAGGGAUAUUAUUUGAAGCAUUUAGCAACCAGUACAGCGUGACCAAUCAGAACAGGCAUCAGGGUGCGGCCAUCCCCCUGGAAGAGCAAGAAAUGUGAAGCAGGCUGCUCAACAGCACCUGUAAUCUUUGGCAUGUGUUGGGACCACUUGAGAAUUCACCUUUGACAGUUAAUUCCAAAUCAAGAGGUCAUUAGAGAGUCAAGACUUAGAGGAGACCACCUGGCCAGCACCAUCUUUGCCUGGGAGAUUGAUGGCAGGGGACCCCAAGGUCUUUAUCUAUCAGCAUAUCAGAUGAGGGCCACCCCACCCCCCUCUCAGGGAUAAUGGAUUAGGUUGAAAAAUUCAGAGACAUUUAGCCAUUCGUAGGGGAAAUAUAAAAGGAUCUUGAAGCCCCAUCUCUGUGAUUUGGGAAUUGCUGUUGAAAGGAGCAAACUUGUUUUCCUGUGAGUACACUCCAAUAAAUAGAUGCAGUUCUUAUCAAUAAUUAAUGAGUCUAACCAGGAAUUUCAAGAGCUGAAAAAAUAUUAGAAGCCUCCUAUUUACAGUUGUAACCAGCUGGAUUUGUUUAAUGGGUUGUUUGCUUUUUAAUUUGUAGCAGUUUUGAGAGAGACCUUUGGGGACCGUGAGUCUUGUUUCACUGAGGCCUUUUGUAGAUGCACAGUUAUUUGGGGGACCAAAUCGGCCUGCAGAUAAUUUGAGGUUCUCUUGGCCAUUUAGAGACUGCAGAAAAGCAGUGGAGACAUUUGGGCCUUCUGUCCUCUAUUUAAUUUUCAAGAUUAGAAUUAAACAUCAGACCGUGGUCUACCGAGAGACAUUUGCUAGAGUGUGGACUAGUUUCUUUCCAGUAUCCUGGUUUACCGUUUCUCUGUUCUCUUAAUAUAAAUGGUCACUGAUUCUGAAGUAGGAGAGUAGGUGCCAUUGGUUUAUUCGUGCAAAGGUUCCCUUGACACAAAUAAAAAUGGAAUUUUCAAAUGUAACCCGAUUAACUCUUAAUUGUAUACCAAUAGCCUAUGUGUGUCUCAGCUCCCUCAGAAGGCUUCUGAAUGGCCUGCAUGUCUUUUUAAACUGGGGGGGAGGGGGAUUCAAUUAAUAGCAGGACUUUCUAAUUGUGGGAUUGGUGUGGUGUUGACAAAAAUUUGUAUAAAUAGGGUACAUUUUUCCACUUAAGAGGGCUGUGCUGAGACAUUUUUAAUUGGAUUUUCAUGGUGAUUGACAGCAUUUGAUUAUGACAGUAACUUUAUUUGGCUGGACUGCUUUAGCCCCUUGUUCAGAUUUUUCCAUCAAAGCUCUUUUUUAUCCUCUGAAUCCCCAGUGGAGCAGCAGUCAUUGUGGAAGAGCCUUUUAGCACCUUUGUUGUAGCCAUCCCUGGUGAUGAUUGGGCCCAGCUGGUAGUAGAUAAGAAAAUGUUCCUUUCACAAAGAGGCUGUGUCUCCUGCCUCUGCGGUUUCAAUAAUUUUAAGAGCCCCCAAAACCUGUUGAGGAUUAGAAGUAGCUUUAGAUGUGAAAUGAGUGUUAAGUAUUAGUAAUCGGGAGAUUAGGGCCCCAGGGACAAUGAGAGAUAAACAACUGCAAUUAAGGCAAAUCUGCCGAUGUAAACAAAAUUUAGCAGAAACAGAUGCCCUAACCAUUUUGGGGGAUUGAUUUGAGGGCACCAAGGAAUCGAUUUUUGUCUUGUUUACACUUUCAAACCCCUGUGAUAUACUGGAAGGCUGAAUAUUUCAUACAGCCUGAUUUUAGUUAAUUUUUUUUUCAGCGCCUCACAGUAGGCGCCUCUCUUCUCGCAGUGACCAGGCCUGAGUUUAUUCAGCAUUCACAGGGAGCAGCUAAUUGUCUAUGAAGGGCCCCCGUGUUUAAAUGGGCUUGACAGGAAUUUAAAUUUUGUUUCAAUCAACCCCUGUGCUCACAGCCUGCUCCAGUUUCUAAUUUUUAAAUUAAACAUGAUUUUUUUUUUUUUAAGCCACAGGCUUGCCUCUGGAAUACUCUCACUCUAAUAACUCUUGGGAAGGCAAACCGGUAACCCCGGAAUGCUGGCGUUUGCAGGGCCUGAGGCACCACUUCAGGGCUGGAAAGUUCUUUCUCCAAAACGAGCUUUUUCUUCUCCCGUCGAGGAGGUCAGCAGACUUUGGCUGGGUAGAUGGGCUUCCUGCCUUCGGAAAUGGCCCCCUUUCCAGCUUUCCAGUGCAGGCAGCAGCGUGCAUCACCUGGAAAGUGGGUUAAGUACCAAAGGAAGGCAUAAGGAUAGCUUUGAGGGGGCUGGCUGAAUUGUAACCCACUGCACGUCUGGUGCAGAUUUGUAGUUCAGCAGCCUUUUCUGUUGUUGUGAUAUAGGGAAAGAACGCCCCACCUGUGCAUGUUAGUACACACUCACUGUUUUUCUUUGUUGACUGACUGCUCUGAGCAGAGAAUCCUGCCUGCUGCCAAGGAAGCAGUUUGUCAGCCUGAGUCCUUCCUUCAGCCAACUUACAGUCUGGCAAGGAAGAUGAGGGUGUAUAACAGCCAAGCACAGAAUAGACUGUUAGACUCAUCUGAGGCCCUCCCUCAACUGCUACUGCCCACCUUCACCUGUCCCUCCACCUCAUGGCACUGUUGUUAUAUGUCCGUCCAUCCAGAAAAUAUUUAUUAAGGCCUGUUGUAUCCAUCAUAUGAUGAUCAAAGAUGCCAGUGCUUUACAGCACUACCAUAAACUGGAAGGAGUAUUUCCACUUCACAAUACAGAAUGAUCUCAUGGGCUGGAUUCCCAUGUCUUCAGUAAUACGUUCACACCUGUGCAUGCAGCCUGCCCCCUAAUAUCCUCACAGUCCCAACCAGGUGAAGCAUCCUCAUGGGAUCAUGUCCUUGUUUGUGUUGUUUCUUCUGCCAAGAAUACCCUUUCCUCACGUCCACAUGGUGAACUCCUACUCAGCCUCCAGGACCCAUGGGCACAGUCUCUAUGAAACUCUCAGGCCUGCCUGCAUCAGCAGGGUUGAUGACUUCCUGUUUAAGCCAUCCUCCUUUUCAGCACGUUCCUGUAUUAAUGCACUUCUCACCUGACAGUUUUUUUGUGGCAAAACUUUCUCCUUGAUGCAGCUGUGUGCUGAUUUACUUUGUGGCAGAGCCCCUUAUCUUCAUGCAAACUAGUAGAAGCAGUUUCCAGACCAAUUACUUAAGUUGCACAGCUAUAGAGAGUACAGAGGGCAGUGAGACAUUGAUCUUGCCCUCCAGGAGCAUACAGUCUGGUGAGGAAGUGAGGCUUUUAGAUAACCAUUGCAUCCCCUGCAGCUGGCUUGAUACAAGGCACAAAGUACCUAUUUGGUAAUCUCUCUGGAGUAGAUGAUCAAAAAGAACUAAAUAGAAGACAGUCUUUAGAAUGGGAAAAAAAAUUUGCAAACCAUAAAUCUGAUAAGGGAUUAAUAUCCAAAAUAUAUAAAGAACUCUUACCGCUCAAUAGUAAGAAAAACAAACAAACCAAUUUAAAAAUGGGCAGGGGGGGGAGUUCCCGUCGUGGCGCAGUGGUUAACGAAUCCGACUAGGAACCAUGAGGUUGCGGGUUCAGUCCCUGCCCUUGCUCAGUGGGUUAAGGAUCCGGCGUUGCCGUGAGCUGUGGUGUAGGUUGCAGACGCGGCUCGGAUCCCGCAUUGCUGUGGCUCUGGCGUAGGCCGGUGGCUACAGCUCCGAUUCAACCCCUAGCCUGGGAACCUCCAUAUGCCGCGGGAGUGGCCCAAGAAAUAGCAACAACAACAAGAACAAAAGACAAAAAAGACAAAAAAAAAUAAAAAAUAAAAAAAAAUGGGCAAAGGACCUGAAUAAAUGCUUUUCCAAAGAAGAUAUAUGAAUGACCAACAGGUGCAUAACUAACUAUUUGAGGGAAAUGUAAACAAAACUGCAGUGACAUAU